UCUGUACUCCAUCUGUGUACAGAACACUUCCAGGUUGCCAUAUUGCAAUGUCCAAUCACAGCUGAUCACAUGAGAGCCGGUAAUCAGCAUUCCUCGGAGGGGACAUGUACACUGAUCAUCAGAGACUAAUGAUCAGUGUGCCCUGAUGAUCAGUGUAGCCCUAGCAGUACCACCUGUCAGUGCCUAUCAAUGCCAGCUGUCAUUGCCCAUCAAUGCCACCUACCAGUGCCCAUCAGUAAAAACUACUAAGGCUACCCAAUCAUUUUGCACAGUGCCCAUCAGUGCCUCAUCAAUGCCACAUAUCAGUGCCUACCAGUGCACAUCAAUGCCACAUAUUAGUGCCCAUCUGAGCUGCCUUUCAAUGUCACCUAUCAGUGCCAGUCAGUGCCACCUAUCAAUGUGUCAGUCAGUGCCACCUAUCAGUGCUGCCAAUCAGUGCCAGUACAGUGCCAGUCAGUGCCGCCUAACAGUAGUCAGUGCCGCCUAUCAGUGCCACCUAUCAGUGCUGCCCUAUCAGUGCCAUAUAUGAGUGCUGCCUUUCAGUGCCCAUCAGUGAUGCCUGUCA